AUGUCUGAAAAUUCCACCAAUUCCUACUAUAAAUCCUAUCCUUUCACGUGCAAUUUGGAAUUUGACACAGCUUUGGAAAUCACUAAAUAUAUUUUUCAAUUGAUAUAUUUGGUUCCUGGUGCGAUUUUUAUAGCUUAUAUGUUAUAUGUGUUAACUGUUAAGCAUAGAAAAUUGUAUGCGGAUAAUUAUUUUUUUCGAAUUUUUGUUUUUGAAUUAAUCACGGUGAGUAAAUAGAAGCAAUUUAGGCUAACUAGUUAGGCUAACCAUAGAAAGUUAGCCUAACUAGCCAUGACGUGGAAUAUCCGUCUCAUUGGUACCACGCGCUCCACCGAAAUAAACACGCAACGCAGACCGCGUCGCGCCACAACACACAAAAAAGGGAACGAUUCAAAUUCCCUCCCGUUUUUUGUGUGUGUUGUGGCGCGGCGCGGUCUGCGUCGCUUAUUAUUUCGGUGGGGCGCGUGGUACCUUCGAUAAUACUCUUAUUUCGGUGGGGCGCGUGGUACCUUCGAUAAUACUCCACGUGGCCGCUAAAGCGGAAGACAGUGCCGCUCCGCGGAAGCUUGCGGUUUACACUCGCGCUUCCGCGCUCGGAAACUUUGAAAAUCUCUGUGUCUCUCUUUAUCCCAUGCGGAAGCUUCUGCGAAGUGGCCGCUGAAGCGGAAGACAGUGCCGCUCCGCGGAAGCUUGCGGUUUACACUCGCUUCGCUCGCCUAGAGAGCAUGGGAAAAUGAGAGAUGCAGAGAAAUCUAACACUUUUUUUGGCAGCUGGAAUAUUCCAAAGGUCAUAGGAAGUGAUUUUAAAAAAUAGCACUAUGACGUGGCAAAAAAUAUUUUUCUCUAAAUCUCUCACUUUUGCGUUGACUUUAAAUAGUCACACCUUUAGAAGGUUUUUUUUUUAAUUUUCUGGGGAUGUAAAACUGUGAUAACUUUCCGCUAAAGCGGAAGACAGUGCCGCUACGCGGAAGCUAUUCGAGCGGAGCGAGUGUAAACCGCUAUCUUCCGCGUAGCGGCACUGUCUUCCGCAUUAGUGGCCACGUCAAUUAUGAAAAUCAUAGAGAACUACUUAUAUUCCCGACCGCUACGCGGAAGCUUCCGCUUAACACUCGCGCUUCCGCGCUCGAAGUAUACCCUGAGUUAUUCGAGCGGAGCGAGUGUAAACCGCUAUCUUCCGCGUAGCGGCACUGUCUUCCGCUUUAGCGGCCACGUAGAGAACUACUAAUAAUCCCGACCGCUACGCGGAAGCUUCCGCUUUACACUCGCGCUUCCGCGCUCGAGGGUAUACCCUGAGGUAUUCGAAAUGAGCGAGUGUAAACCGCUAUCUUCCGCGUAGCGGCACUGUCUUCCGCUUUAGCGGCAACCCCAAUUAUGAAAAUCGUAGAGAACUACUAAUAAUCCCGACCGCUACGCGGAAGCUUCCGCUUUACACUCGCGCUUCCGCGCUCGAGUUAUUCGAGCGGAGCGAGUGUAAACCGCUAUUUUCCGCGUAGCGGCACUGUCUUCCGCUUUAGCGGCCACGCCAAUGCGUAGAGAACUACUAAUAAUCCCGACUGCUACGCGGAAGCUUCCGCGCUCGAGGGUCUACCCUGAGUAAUCCCUUGUUUCCAGAGCCUAUUCCUAAUCAUUCAAGACAUUUUCUUCGGUCGUCUCACAAUGUACAUCACACCUCUCUGUCCCAUUCUAGCCCCAUACUUCUACGACUACUCAUUCCUCCUCAAAUUCCAAAUGGUCUCCCUGAACUAUGUCCGAGCCUCAAAAUCAGUAUCCCAAAUAUUCCUCACCCUAAAUCGUAUGACUUGCGUCCUAUUUCCCAUCUCCCACCAAAAACAUUGGCGAAAAUGUAUAAAUCUAGUGAUUUUCCUCAACUUCUCUCUACCAUUCGGCGCAAUUUGGAGCCUAAUAUUAAGCCGGGUAUACGCGUCAGCAACCUACGGUGGAUUCUCAUCGAAUUAUAUUCGAGCUAUCGAUUGGGCAAGCUUAUCCCGCUUUCAAUCGAUAUAUCUAACAAUUUCCCUAAUCGCCACUAUAUUCUUCACAAUUCUGACAUUCUAUGGUCUCCAGAAUCUUGUGACACGUGUCAAAACUUUGGAAAAAAUGCUAUGUAUUGCCACAUUUUUCAUAACUUUCGCUUUUAUUUUGGUAGCCAUUUCUCAAUAUAUCUGGGUGUUUUGCUCAAUUUGCUCAAAAACUUAUCCCUCUUUAUACAUGAUUCAAUUCCUAACCUACGAUUUUCUCAAUGUUGGGUGAGUCUUGCAGUUACGAACAACACUCCGCGUUUACGUAAAAAACCCAUAUUCUUCCAGGGCUCCCAUAGUUAUGGUUAUAAUCAACAAACAAUUACGUGCUCACAUGUUCCCAUGGCUGAAAAUCGCUGGAAGCGAGCAAAUUACAGUUGUGUCCAUGGCUCACUCAAAAAUCUAGAAUAUUCACAAAGGUUCCUUAUACUUUAAUAACUUAUAAUUUUUAAUUAUACCUUAAUUUCAGGUUGGAAAAAUAUCAAAUUUCACUGAAACUAUAGAUAAUUAUACUGCACAUUUCUAAGUAUUCUCUAAAAAUUCGAAUUCUCCACCAAAAACCAUGUCUGAAAAUGAAAAUUCGACUUUCCAGUGCAAUUUGCAGCAGUAUGACACAGCUUUGGAAAUAUCCAAAUAUAUUUGUCAAUUGAUAUAUUUGGUUCCUGGUGCGAUUUUUAUAGCUUACAUGUUAUAUGUGUUAACUUUUAAGUAUUGGAGAUUCUAUGCGGAUAAUUAUUAUAUUCGGAUUUUUGUUUUUGAAUUGAUCACGGUGAGUAGAAGCCAGUUAGGCUAACUUAGAAAGUUAGCCUAACUGGCCGCUAAAGCGGAAGACAGUGCCGCUCCGCGGAAGCUUCCGGUUUACACUCGCGCUUCCGCGCUCGAGGGUAUACCCUGAGUUAUUCGAGCGGAGCGAGUGUGAACCGCUAUCUUCCGCGUAGCGGCACUGUCUUCCACUUUAGCGGCCAAGCCAAUUCGUAAAGAACUACUAAUAAUCCCGACCGCUACGCGGAAGCUUCCGGUUUACACUCGCGCUUCCGCGCUCGAAGUUCACCCUGAGUCCUAUCUUCCAGAGCCUAUUCCUAAUAAUCCAAGACAUUUUCUUCGGUCGUCUCACAAUGUACAUUCCUCCUCUUUGCCCAAUUCUCGGUCCAUAUUUCAAACAAAACCCAUCUCUCCUCAAAUUCCAAAUGGUAUCCCUGAACUAUGUCCGAGCCUCAAAAUCAGUUUCUCAAUUCUUCCUCACCCUAAAUCGUAUGACUUGUGUAAUCUUUCCAAUAACUCAUAUAUCAUAUUGGAGCAAAUAUAUAAAUCUAGUGAUUAUUUUGAAUAUCUUUCUACCAUUUGGUGCAAUCUGGAUUCUAAUAAUCAGUGAAGUUUAUCCGAAUCCAACCUAUGGUGGAUUCUCAUCAAAUUACAAUCGAGCUAUCGAUUGGGCGACUAUUUCAAGAUUUCAAUCCCUAUAUCUAGUUAUCUCUAUGUUUUUCACUAUAAUCUUUACAAUCUUAACUUUCUAUGGCUUACGGAAACUGGCAAAACGUGUGCAUUAUCUUGAAAAAAUCCUAUGCAUCGUCACAUUUUUCAUAACUUUCGGUUUCAUUUUUGUAGCCUGCUUUCAAUUUGUCUGGGUAUUCUGCUACACUUGUCAAUAUAACAUCCCCUCUUUAUACAUGAUUCAAUUCCUAACCUACGAUUUCUUGAAUGUUGGGUGAGUCCUGCAGUUACGAACAACACUCCGCGUUUACGUAAACCCGGAGUAUCGUUGUAAACCUAUGUUUUUCUAGGACUCCAAUAGUAAUGGUUACAAUUAACAAGCAAUUACUUUCUCAUAUGUUCCCUUGGCUGAAAACUGCUGGAAGUGUGCAAGUUACAGCAAUUUCAAUGGCUCAAUCACAAUUUUAA